AUGCGUGACUCAUCUUUUCGUACUCAGGACAGAAAAGUAGCGCUCCAAGUGGAUAACUGUUCUGCCUAUCCACACAUUGAAGAGCUAAGCUACAUCAACAUGAUAUUUCUUCCCUCUAACACAACAUCUGUCCUUCAGCCCAUGGAUCAAGGCGUAAUACAAAGUAUUAAAGUUCACUAUCGUCACAAAAUUCUGCGUUUGCGUGUCAAGGCUCUACUUCAAGCAACGAAAGAUCGUAUUUCUUCAUGGAAUGCUGUGUCAAAGAAGACUGGCAUCAAUUGCUUUAAUAAAGCUGGUAUCAGCAAAACAAACAAGAGUAUUUCAGAAGUUAAUGAUGAUCAUCCUUUUAAAUCUUUAACAGAAGAACUUGAUUGUUUGCGAAAGUUAGAUUCUUGA